ACGGAGGGGGAAGGGCAUGAAGCAGAGCCCAAUAGAAGAUAACGAUGCUUGUUCAGCCAAGACGCUCGUUCAGCUCGCAGUUUUGCUAGCUGUCGCAGAUGAUGCACAGCACAAAGCUAACUGAUUAGCACUCCUGACCUGUUUGCCAUAUGAUGCAGAAGCAGCUCAGGGGCACCUGAGAUAUCCAGGAUGGAUCCCAUGGAGGAUUACAAAUCUCCUUUCAGUUUUGAGGAAGGGCUCAACACCAGCUACCUUUACUUGUCCCCUAAAGAGAGCUUCACUCCACCCAGCUCCCCGGCACUGCCAUGCAGAGGUGCUCAGGCACUAGACUCCACCCCAGAAGUGGGGGAAGAUGCAGCGGGCAUGGUGCAGCCCGCCUCUGAUCCAACCCUUACUGAGGAGGAACAAGAGGAGCUUCGCACUGAACUGGUGAAGGUAGAGGAGGAAAUCCAGACUCUUACUCAAGUUCUGGCCUCCAAAGAGAAGCACUUGUCAGAGAUCAAGCAGAAGCUGGGUAUCACUCCAUUCAACGAGCUCAAGCAGAACCUGAGCCGAAGCUGGCAGGAAGUCACUACAUCCACAGCGUAUAGGAGGACCUCAGAAACACUGAGCCAAGCUGGACAGAAAGCCACAGCAGCAUUCUCUAGUGUGGGUUCAGCCAUCACCAAAAAGCUAGAGGACGUCAGUAUACGCUCCAUACAGCAAUCCACUAGCAUGCCUAUGAUGAGGAACACUCCUACCUUCAAGUCAUUCGAGGAGAAAGUGGAGAGUUUAAAGACCAAGGUGAGCCCCAGUGAAUCAUCUACUGAACUUGGGACCGAGUCAGAAUCGAUGCAGACUGAAGAGCCGGUGGUCAAGCAGCCAGAAGGAACGAGUGUUCUGGCACCAGAGGCACACUGAGGAACAGCGUCUACAUUUCACUCCACUCUUCCUAUUUGCCACCCUUCCACCCCUUCCACUUCUUCCUUCCUAUCAUCAUACAUAGCAAAACCGAUGCUCUGUGAUCAUUUUCUUUCCCUCAAACUAGUUAGGAAAGAAUGUGUUGGACACAAGAAUAUUAGAUAAGAGAAGCUUUACCAGCUUUCUAAAACCACUCACUUUCUCAAUUUUCGCACUACAUGGGUUCACGUUCCUCCAAAUUCCGUUAUAAUCUUGCGUAUGUUCGCACGAGUCUGGUAUCUUGAAUGUGCGGUAGGAGAACACUGGAGCUGAUCUCAGGUCAGUUGAAUGAAAUGAAUGAAGACUUAGGGCUUCACACAGUUUCUAUAUAAACUCCUGAUCAGUCUACUUGGUAUUUUUUCCCUCUAAACCCCCAAACCUCUAAAAAACUCCCCAAACAUGUAGUAUACACAUAAGACCAGUGUGCCCUUCAUGGGAUUAGUACAUAGUGGUUGAGGUCUAAACUGGUAGCCCAACCCACGGAUGACCUUUAUUUGCAGAUCUGCUUUAAGAGACAAAACUGCCAUUAGAAGGUCAACCAUAAAUUUUCAUACAGAUAAUGUACUCCUUUAAUUUCCCUCGAAAUAGAACUCAUAAAAUCGCACUUCGAGGCUGUUCUAAACGCUAUCUCAUACUUUUUAGCACCUCAUUACAACGUUUCUCCAAAAUACAUCUUUUUUUUCUUCUAUUGAAUGUUUUGCCUCUUGGUCUUUUAACAAUACAAAUGCCAAAAAAUAGUGUGAACAAUUUUCUGAACAAAAGCCUUAUCUGACAAUUUUUGUGUCAUUUAGAUUAAAUAAAAAAGAGCUGGAUUGCAGUCGCCAAAACUCUAUAGAAUGUAAAUAAAAAUAGGUUUCUCUAUAUUAACAAAUUGUUCUAAAAUAUUCCAAACGAUGAAAUUAGAAUUGUGUGGAAUUUCUUUUCUGUUCAGAUGUUCUAAUGAGGAGGUCCAUCGAAAGUAUUCGGCAACAUUAAACGAGUCCACGCGAAUUGAUUGAGGAACAUUUAUGGUUCCAGUUAUUUAAAUACUUAAUUAUGUAUUUAAAUACCAAGAACAAUUUAUACGUUGAAACAAAGCAUUGUGCUUAUUUGCAUGUAGCUCUUGUAGCUUCUCUGUUUCGAAUAAAGAAGAAUAAAACAGGGCAUUCCGUUAUGUCAGUAAAAGCGUGUUGAAUUUUGUAAUUUUCCUACUACAGCAUGUCCUCAAGCGUUUUAUUUCUCUUAUACUACAGCUCAUUUUUUAUUCAUGAAAGAACCAAACAUUUUUUUAUCCAUUUACACAUUUAUUUUAGUGUUUGUACAACAUGCUGGUUUAUUUUCUGUUAUUGCUGAUCUUAUACCAGCUUUUUUCCUCUGUUUAAACCUUAUAACACUGGAUAUGCAGCUUGUACUGAGAAGUGCACCGCUUUGAAAAUUUCACAUCUUAGAAUCUGUUACUACAGAAACUGUAACCAUGUUAACAAUAAAACCUUUUAAAUCCGUUUAUUUGGAUCAACUGUUAUACAAUUCCUCGUCUACGCUGUUACGAAAGAAACGAUAACGUAAUGAACGAGUGCCUUCAUAUAAAUGCGAUUUGUCCUGUCAGAGCUGCUGUAACAGAACUUCCAGUCCACUCAGCAUUAGGAAGUGAACUGACCUGAGUUGUGGUAGAAGCCGAUUCAUUUCACUAGAAUGCGUUCAUACAUUUGGCAAAUUGUCACGUUUCAAUUCCGAGGCCUUCGAGCAAACAUUCGCUGAUACAAGAGAAAACCAGGCUCUCAAUUUGAUCUCCUAGGUUUCUGGCUUGUUUUAAAAUGGAGCAAAUUUCCAUUCGGUUGUAUAUAAUCUAAUAAACAAGGCUUCAGAUUUACUCCAGGACUCAGCAAAUCCUCUUUUUACAUCAUGUCCGAGCCCUUAAUCCGCUUGCGUGUAAACGUGAUCUAUAAACUUUAUGGUGUAGGUGGCUCAGAUGGGUUAUUGUGUUCAGAACUUUUUGCUUUCUAAUGCUCUCAUUGUUGACUUUUUAUCUCUAAAUUGUAGCCCCACAGAAUCAAAAGAAAGAUUAAAUGAAUUAAAGAUCAAUCUCAGAAUAAAAGGCACUUCAUGGACAGGUUGGACUGAUCUUCUUGGCUUGUUCGACAUUCCUAACAUUUAUUUGAGUAUUUUUGUAUUGAAAAAGUACAAAAUAUCAGAUAAUGUGUAAUAAAGCAGAGGUUAUUAUAUAGUUAAUUCUUUAAUGCUUGAUGCUGGCAGGCUUUUUGUUUUUGUCUGUAACACUAAUGGCUUUUGUUUAGAAGCUGCUGUAUUGCAAAGUAGUGUUUAAAUGCAUAGAAACAUUAUUGUCAGUUCUUCUGUGUAAAAUUCAUGUGCAGUAGCAAUGAUAUUUUUCUAUGCGUCCCAGAAUAUAAUUUACUAAUGACUUUGUAGAACAGAUGACCUGUUAGAUAAAGUUACACCUAAUAAACCCUGUCCAUAGUUA